AUGAAUCCUGAAAAAGAAUUCCUAAGUAAUAAAAGUCUCCAUAGGCCAGGAAGCGGGCAUGACCUGGCGUCCGUCCGGCGCGGGACGGUGCGAGUGUCCUCAGUAGCCUGUCUCAGACUCAGUCGUCACGCGCCGUGGCUUGGGCGCGUCCUGCUGUCGCCUUUGCGUAUUAUUUAUAACUCGCGCGUCAUCAGUGAUAAACUUGUGUUUACUUGUAUACUCAUCUCCGAUAUUAUUAGGACUACUAUUACAACAACUCAUAACCUACAGGACGAUAAACAAAAAAAUGCCAAAUUCUUAAAUAAUCUUCGAUGUUGUCAUUUCAGAUUGUCUCUCCAGUCCCACAGCAGUGGAUCCCAAGACUCCAUGCUCAAUGUAUCCAACGACGAAGAUAGGAAUGCGCACGAUUCUAUGAACCAUGAAGUUUUUAUUACCCCACCCAGUUCAGAUUUAGUUGGUAUUUGUAAUUGUAAUAAUAUGAGUGAAAUGAGAACUUCGGUGGAAUCACACUUGAGUAACGCCCAUUCACAUAAUCGAUUUUCAAACGAGUCCGGCUUCGUGUCUGUGGGCCACUCGGAGAUGUCAACGGAGCACAGCUUCACAUCCACCUUCUCAUCACACCACUAUUCUAGUCAUACAGACAGUACUUUUGAAAGUACAGAGUUUGUGAGCGAAGUGAAGUGCACAAUGCAAAAUGUUGAGAGCCGCAUGAAUAUAAUCAGUAUGAACAGUGUAACAACACAAAAUACAAAAUUGGAGAGUAUAACGUCAGACGAAAAUGAGACGCCGCCCGAGUUGCCGGUGAAGACGCGUCGCAACAUCCGCGCUGAUGUACAGCAGCACUUCCCCAAUGUUGAAAUCAGGAAAAGUCCACCAUUCUCAUUGCACGAGACGCGGCCCCACACACUUGCUGAGCACAAUCACCAACGGCCUCCGCCUUUGCCACUCAAGAAAAAACACAUGUUUCAAAGCGUCGCAUACAGCGUUAUGGCUUACAUGGAGAUGUUCGGGAACUGCAGUCACACGAUCAACACUCACCCCCCGAUAAAUGCAGAAGCGCCACCAGAUAUGUUCAGGCAUUCUAUACACACCUAUAAUCUGACUAGUGCGCAGCAUACAAGCACUGGCAGUAUUAGUGUGGGUCACCACCAGGUUCAGCGUUCACUGGCCUCGUCGGUAACCGUACAGCAUUUAAGCACACCCCCUCUCAGUGGUUCCGAAGACAGCGUCAGUAUGAAGACGUCGAAUCGUACUAGUCCAUUGCCUAUUGAACCGCCUGCGCUACCGCCAAAAAUGAAUAAAAAUAAACAGAUAUCAAAUUAUUCGAGCAACGAAUUACUGCCCCCACCUUCACCGCGGCCGUCUUCGCAUAAUAGUUCUACAGAUGAAUCGCUUUUGAAUAAUGUGAGCACAGAGGAGAUGUACGUAAGCGUAUCAUCGCCGGGCAAGUUUCCACUCGAUGAUGAUGAACUGGACCGGCUCGUUCAACCCACACCUUCGCCUGUUCCUUCACAGAGAAGUGAAAGCAGUACAGAGCCAAUACAAUCGGAAACUGAGAAAAGCACUCCAGCAGCCGCUGACUCGGAGGAUAUCGUUCUGCAAACUGAUGUUAGCUCUUGGCUCCUACUGAAAGGACCCAACAAGGAGGGUGUCGAAGUACGCGGCGGACAUCCGGAUGCGCUCAUUGUACUCGCCACUAAGGCCACCAAAGAAACGGACGAGUAUUUCGCGUACCAAGAGGCGUUCCUGGCGACGUACCGCACGUGGGUGCCGCCGGGCGAGCUGGUGGCGCGGCUGGUGCGGCGCGCGCACCACUUCCGCCCGCGCCCGCACGAGCUGCGCUCCACGCUCGGCCUGCUCACGCGCGUCGUCGCAGAUCUCACGAUGGCAGAUUUAGAUAGACCACUCAUGCAAGAGAUAAUGGAAUUCAUAUAUUGGCUUGUGGAAGCCGAAGAGUUGCCCAUUUCAAAAGCUUUGCGACAAAUUCUCGUAGAUAAACAGAAGCAAUUGCAUUAUCAAAAUUCGAACAACAGAUACGAAUAUGAAAUGGCAUGCUAUGGUACGGUGUCACUGCGUCGGGACACUUUAUUAGAUUUCAAGGCAUCGGAACUCGCUGAACAAAUGACUGUGUUGGACGCGGCUCUGUUUGUGCGGAUAACGACCGCAGAAUUGCUUUCGUGGCCUCGUGACCAGUCCGAGGAAAAGUCACCAAAUCUCACACGGUUCACUGAACACUUCAAUAAGAUGAGCUUCUGGGCACGAUCGAGGUUAUUAGAACAGUACGAAGCUCGCGAACGCGAAAAGUACGCAAGCAAAUUCCUCAAAGUGAUGAAGGCGCUGCGCAAGAUGAACAACUUCAACUCGUACCUAGCGCUGGUGUCCGCAUUGGACUGUCCCCCAGUUCGCCGACUGGGCUGGUCGAGGGCUAUAGAAGACGCGCUGACGGACCACUGUGCACUCAUCGACUCGUCCAUGUCCUUCCGGGCGUACCGUCAGGCGUUGAAUGAAACGCAACCACCCUGUAUACCAUACAUAGGGCUAUUUUUACAAGAUCUAACAUUCGUCCAUGUGGGCAAUCCUGAUCUGCUACCCGAUGGUAGUAUCAACUUUACAAAGAGAUGGCAACAGUAUCAUAUAAUGGAAAAUAUGAAGAGGUUCCACAAAGAGCAAUACAAGAUAAAGAAGAACGAUCGCAUCCAGGCGAUGUUCAACGAGUUCGACGACGUGCUGAGCGAGGAGACGAUGUGGCAGAUAUCGGAGACGAUCAAGCCGCGCGGCGGGCGCGCGCGCAACGCCUCCGCGCCCUCGCCCCCCGCGCCCGCGCCCGCGCCCGCCGCGCCCGCGCCCCCCGCCGCGCCCCCGGCCGCCGCCGCCACAUAGCCCGGUGCAAAUCGUAUCCUAAGAAACUAAUCAAGGACUGAAUCGUCGUGGCGUCGCUGCGAUAUAUUUGCUUAUGAGGAAUUGUGUAAUGUAUAUGGCUAAUUGUGAUUAUCUGUCCUAAGAUGGCCUAAUUAUUUAGUAUAUUUAAAAGUGCAACUUCUGUGAUCGGCGGGCGAGCUCGACGUGAACGCAACGAUGUUAUCGGCGCUACCAUUGUUACGCCCAAUUUAUCUAACCUUAUUUAUGUACAGUUUUGUAUCUAUUUUCUUACCGUAGCGAAAUCUUUUACUCAAAAUUAGUAGGCGUCUUCUCAAUCGGGUUCUGUCGAGAGCUUCUAACGACGUAGCGGUUACUUCAGUAUUUUAAAUGGAACUUUAUUCUGUAACAGUAUUGAAAUUCAAUAUUUUCUUACUAUCUCAACAUAUCAAUGUGUAACUUGACAGAUGUUUGCCAAGUCAUGCAGUCAAUCGACACCGUGUGUAAGUUUAAUACUCUUUUAUAGUUGUUGUGAUUCGCCAUUCGUGUCUGAAUUAUCUGCAAGUUUAACAUCUUGAAUACAUCGAAUUAGGGGACUUUAAAAGUUUUAAUGUUUUAGGCUUAUUGCUAUUAUAUAGUGAAUAGAUGUUUUCAAAUGGUGGAAUAUUAUUAUUAAAAAUCAUCGAACUUUAAAUGAACUUGAAACG